GCAGCGCUGAGUCCGGGGGCGGAGCCAACCAGUCCAUGUAUAUAAUCCGUGUGUAGCUGCCACACUGAGACCGAGCAGUGCCAGGUGUAUGAAGCAAUGAAGAGGAAAAGGAAGAUGACGAGUGCCAGCUCCGCUGCCACAUCGGUACUCAGCGCCCUGUCUCCUGAGCCAGCCUCCUAUCAGCCUGCAGAGAACGGCGUGAAGGAAGACGACUCUCCAGUGCACCAGGAAGGAAAGCUGGAUGAGACUGGUGACCACCAACCAGUACAAUGCGCGGGCCCCACGGACGGUCAGCUAAAUCCAGAAGCAUCCUGUUCAUUGCUGCUCACUGCAGUACUCUCAGCCUGCCACCAGGGGGAUCUAGAAACACCCACUACAGAUAUUACUGAAGAAGUCAGUGACGGGAUUGCAGGUAAUCUCUGCCCUGUGCCCAUAGAAACUGCUGAGAGCAAUGUCAGAUGUCCUAAUGAGACAGACAUGCCGGCCGCCAGUGUAACUGAGAACAUAGACAUCAGCAGGCUAGUGAACGCAGACCAGCCAAGUGAUACCUCUGAUUGCCCCAUCAUGGAGGAGAGGCAUACGGGAGGGGAUGCCUCUGAGAUGCCACCUAAUGUCUCACCCCUCCCAGGAGAUGGCUGUCAAGAACCAAAUUUUGAUCUAGAAGAAGCAUCCCAGAAAUAUCAACCCCUUAAUGAAACCCUGUAUCUGCCACAUACCCCUAGUAUUCUAGAAUUCACCUCCCAGUCAGAUCUGCAGGAUCCUCAGACAAUAGCAGAGGGGCCCCGCUUAUCUGACUGUGAUCCGAAGUUACCAGGAGGAGACGAGGAACAUUACCAAGACCCCGAAUCACAACCACGGGUGGUAAUGUCACCAGAAGAGACCUGGCUAACGAUGACAGACCAGACUAUCCCGUUCCCUCAAGCUGACCCCCUGGCUGAGGAUCUGAGAGUACUGACCAAUGGCCUGGACCUGCAGGACAGCCAGCUGCUCGGAGCCUUCAGAGAGAGCCUCAAUGAACCUGGAAAGAGUGCCGAGAACCUCAUCCGUGACCAUCUGACCUCAUCAUCACCGGGUCAGGAGAUACCACAGGCUGCAGCUUCACCGCCAAGUGUACCAGUGCAGGAUAUAAGAGGACUUCAGCAAAGAAGAACAGAAGAUGCCACCUCUACUGUGCAAGGUCUCAUCAUGGAGUUAUCAAAUAUCAAUCGUCUCAUUAUGAGCACGUAUCGAGAACUGAGGCAGAAGAGGGUACGGCACACUGCAGGAAGAGGGGCAGUGAGUAGACGGAGGCGCCGUGAGAUGUGACACCAGGAACGAUGUCAUUUGUGUGCAUCCAUACUGUCUGCUGUUUUCUCUCCACUCGUCUGGUAUAGAGUAUUAAUAUUAGUAGGGGCUGGUGACAUCACUCUGGAGGCGCUGUAUACCUCAUGUACGGUAUACAAUCCAUAUGGCGGCUUUUUCUCAUUUUUAUUGUUACAUUUCAUUAUGGAUAAAA